AUUUGAAACAAGCCUCAAAGCGCUGCGAAGGGUCGAUAUGGCAGUAUCGAGCAGUCCAUCACUAUUGAGUGGUGUACGAGGGUAAAGGGGGCUGAUGCUUAUUUACGAGUUUAACCGAGAGAGGGGAAGAGGUGGCUACCAUUUACUGUAACAUGAAGGUGAUUGUGAAAGAGGAGACACAUGAAGCUGACAUAACCAUGAAGAAAAUGGUUGUGAGUAUUAAGAAGGAGGACUGUGACGCGGCUUCUGUCCAUCCUAAAGAGGAAACUUGGAGCAUUAAGGAUGAGGAUUAUGAACUGGCGUCAGUAGGCAUUAAAAGAGAGGCUGAGGAGGCAUCUGUCUGCAUUAAGACACAAAGAUGGAAGAGUAUGAAGAAUGGUGAGCAUGAAGUGAAGUCUGAACCCUUACAGCCUGACAAAAAGAGGACUAAGGUAACUUCAUCUGUUAGAACUCUGGAAGAUCAACCAUUACCUUCAAAUUAUUCUGGAAAAGGAGGCAAACCUCACUGCUGUUCCUACUGUGGCAAGCAGUUUUCACAAAGAGGCCACCUUAAGAGGCACACAAGAAUUCACACAGGGGAGAAGCCAUAUUGCUGUUCUGAAUGUGGUAAACUGUUUUCACGAGCAGACUACUUGGAGAGCCACAGAAGAAUUCACACAGGAGAGAAGCCAUAUUGUUGUCCUGAAUGUGGAAAACGAUUCAGUCACAAGCAUAGUCUUCAGAUCCACAACCGCAUUCACACAGGCGAGAAGCCAUAUUACUGUUCUGAAUGUGGCAAACUGUUUUCACGAGCAGACUACUUUGAAAGCCACACAAGCAUUCACACAGGAGAGAAGCCAUAUUGCUGUGCUGAAUGUGGCAAACUGUUUUCACGAGCAGACUAUUUUCGAAGUCACAAACGUAUUCACACAGGAGAGAAGCCAUAUUGCUGUGCUGAAUGUGGCAAACUGUUUUCAGGGGCAGGCUAUUUUGGGAGUCGCAAAAAAAUUCACACAGGAGGCAAGGCAUGUUCUGAAUGUGGUAAAUAGUUUAGAAAAACAAGCCACUUAAUGGACCACAAAAUAAUUCAUACAGGAGAGAUGCUGUAUUGCUCUUCUGAUUGUGACAGUUUACAAAAAGAUGUCAUCUUCAGGUUCAUCAGAGGAUUCACACAGGAGAGAAACUCUAUUGUUCUGAAUGUGGCAAACAAUUCUGCCAAAAGAGUAGUCUUCAGAACCACUAAAGAAUUCACACCGGAGAGACGCCAUAUUGGUUUUCUGAAUGUAGGAAACAAUUCUUUCAGAAGGUUAGGCUUCAGAAAAGCAUCAUCCUCUGCCUUGGUACACGGGUACAGUAUGUGUUGGAGAAGAAAACACAACCUUGUAGGAAGUGACAAUCUAGAUGGACAACUUUGCUGGCCCACCCAGGCUUGUGGACUAUCACUUGGUUACAUCACCUAAUAGUUAUAAACAAAAUACAUGAUAUGGUAAAUUAUUAGAAAACGGAAUGCAUUACAAACAUUGUUACUUUUGUGUUGCAUCAAUAAUAAUGUUUUAUUUUAAAGCAACACAGGUAUUUUUUACUUAAAUAAAAUAACUAUUGUUUAAAAAAAAAAAAAUCUACUGUAUGUAAAGCACAUUACUUCCAAAAUAAUUCCCCACAGUUGUGUAUAUUUCUAGUUUUAUUCGUAAAUUUUUUUCUUUUUUUUUUACUUUGAUUUUUUUUCUGUAUUCUGGAA